AUGGUUAGUGGACGACGUUCCACAAUGAAAUGUUAUGCUUGUACAACAAUUGAUACCGAAGGAUUCCUGGAUGAUAUCCAAGAUUGGAGCUGGAAGAAAUGGCUUGAAAAUAUUCGUUUCGUUCCGAAAAUGAAACAAUGUGGUGACAAGUUUAAUGCAAUCAGAGGAUGCAUUAGGAGUUUAUGUUAA